AUGGGCCAGCAUGCUCUGAAUAUACCCUUGGGUUUCCGAACACCCUCGAUGGAGAACCCUGCUAUUUCCCUGGUGGAUCGCACCAUUUCACAAACUACUGGCGAAGACACCCCACGGCGCACAUCAACCCUUGAUCGACAAGGAAGCCUAUCCAAGCACCUCAGCCGUGCAUCCGUCCAGAGUCAGCUCACCAAACGAAAAUAUGCAAAGUGGCAACCCGAACGACUGGGCAUCGCGCCAGAUACAAGCGACGCACUCAGUCGGGAACCCUCCCAAGUGCGCGGGAGUUCCAUAUCCGCCAGUUCGGCAGAAGGAAGCGGAGGCAGGGAUGUCGAUACGGCAGACUUUGCACCAUCUCGCAUCCAAAGCAUCGUUACGACAGAUACCGACUUGAACGUAAUUGGUCAAACGAAUACCCGUGACGCGAAGCCGCGCUCUGAAAUGGAUAUCCUCUACGAGAACCAGCGAGGCUCGUUCAUUUUUGGUGUCCCUAGAUACUCGCAUAGCUCACUUUUGAACUUCGAUCCUGCAGCUUGGAUGACGCAGGAUCGUCGAGCCAGCGCUGUCAACAUCACCAAUGCCCAGCUACCUGAUCCGAGCUGGGAGUGGGCUUGGAAGGCGUGGUAUGUGGACAUGUCUGGAGAUACUGACGAGCAAGGCUGGCAAUAUUCUUUCUCCUUCUCUUCAUCCUCGUGGCAUGGUACGCAACCCUGGUUCCAUUCGUUUGUGCGGAGGAGGCGCUGGGUCAGGCUACGGACGAAGGUUCCUGAUCGGCGGCUCCGGGGUCGCUCGGACUUUGAGAGAUCGCACAUGUUGAAUGAGGAUUACUUUACUAUCCAUUCGCCCAAAGUCAGAAGCCGGGAGCAGAGUGUGGCUGGUCUGUCGAGGGUUGAGUCUGGAUUCUUGAACCGUGCAAGUAUGACGGUUGAUGAAGAGCCACAUGUCGAUGAGAUUGGGAAUAUCCCCAGCUUAAUGCAUGCUCUGAAACUAGCCUCGAUUGACCGAGAGAGGAUUGAUGCAUUGAAGAAGUUUGUUGAAGAGGGCGGCGAUGAGCUCUAUUAUUUAACUGAUAAGAUACCGGAGAUCAUGCCAACCUUCUUGUUCCAAACAUCACGAUGGCAGUUUAUCACUUAUCUCUAUGGCGUCGUUCGCGAGCUGUCCAAGACACCUGCAGACUCCGAUAAAGACGCCGAUGCCGUUCAGCGUAAGCAGGAUAAUCUUACGCGCGCUGCCGAGGCCUGCAAGCGACAUACAACCGGCCCAGAUGUCUUUAAGGAUGACCAUGGAGAGUCGGCAACAGAAUUACUGGAUCUGACGCCCAUGGCCAAGCGUGAUACAUUACUGUCCAAACGACCUGUCUUGGAGCAGCGGUCGGAUUCGAUGAGGCAGAUAUUCAAGGGAAUCCCUAAGGCGGCUGAGAUUGGCCGUGAAGGCCAUAUUUACUAA